GGAUAUAAAGCGAAUCGCGGCCGAAUAAAAGGCACAGUCUUCUUCAAAACUCCGGCGAGUAUUGUUUUCCUCCAAGUGCAUCGACAACAACUGGAAAUAUGAAUAUUUUUAUAGUACUUGUGGUGGUAUCGAUGUUUUUAAACUUUAUCCAGGCGGCGCCGAGCGUGGAUAUUACCAAUGACGAAUUAAUGGAUGGAAAAUACCUGUGUGAAGCCGGCUCAAAGAAAUACGAUGGACCAUUUAUAGUUAGAUUGAUUUCCGCUGCGAAUGGACAGACCGUCGUUUGCUACGAGUGCCAGUUGGACUACAAGGCCAAGUACAACGUUAAAUCCUGCUCGGAUCGGAGGAUCGGGGGCAACAGCCAUCACCGGGACCUGGUGCCCUACCUGGUGAGAAUGGACCCCAUUUACAGCAAGGACAACACCGCCUGGGGCAGCAAGCUGAAGAGGAACUUUGACGAAAUCGACAAGGCCUCGGCCAGCUUCAGUAUACUGAACCAGCUAGUCUAGUGACGAUAACUCCACUCUCGGACUUUCUGAUUGUAAAAUGCUCACGGAUACGAAUCGAUCGAGUCACGCCUAAAAUACUGCUUCAUGUCAAGGGAUUAUAUAAAUAUAUAUAUGUAGCAUAGAUAGUUGAUAAACAAAUCUCAUCCUCAUCGCCUACUCAACCGAAUGUGUGAAUAAAACGAUUCGUACUGUUA